GGCGUAAGAGGUCUGGAUUCGUCAAAAAGGUCUUUGAGAAUCCAAAAACGUCUUAUGGUUUAGCUCUCGAUUUUCUCAUUCGAUUCCUUCUUCCUCCGGCUUCAAGUCGCCGGAUCUUCUUGAUUUCCGAUUCACUUGGAGAUUUCUCUUCUCCUCUAAACACACGACGCUUCAUAGUUUUUUGUUGUGAUUCCGUUUGUUUCAGGAAGAGGCAUGUAAUUCAGGAUUUCCGGCGAUUUGGUGGGACGUUUGGAGAAAUUUCGAGUUUUUAGUAUUCGUAGUAAAGUUUUCUUCUUUUUUUUUUGGUUUGUAGAUUUUGUUGAUUAAUGGUUGAAGGUGAGAAAUGGGGCUUCGAUGGUUUUGAAGGGAUUGUGUAUCUUCGUGGAAAUGAGAUUGUUGGAGAUUGCAGCAAGUCAUCUGAUUCGUAUUCACGGGUUUGCUUAGGGACUUUGGAGAAACUGAGAGUUUUGGUUGUUUAGUCUUUGAUAAAAGGUUUAGGCUUUUAGCAUUUCAAGCGCCUAUAUUAAUAAGUGAGUUUGUUUUUCGAGCUUAGAGAUGGAUGAAGAGGCUACUUCUUGGAUUAGGAGGACUAAGUUUUCUCAAACGGUUUCUUAUCGUUUGAAUUCAUCAAAGUUAGCUUCUCUCCCUUUUAUGGUAAACCAAGAUAAGAUUUCUGGAUUGAAAACUAUACCCCAGAGAUCAUCAUCUUCUUCGUCGGCAUCAUCAUCGGAUCCCAAGUUUGUUUCGAGUAACUCACAGACUUGGGAAGAUACCUCGAGUUUGGAAGCUGAUGUAUAUGUUGUUGAUUCGGAAAUACAGACAAACCCUGUAACUAAUAAACAUAGAUCUGUUUCUCCUUCGCCUCAGAUGGCUGUUCCUGAUGUGUUUAAGGAAGCAAGAUCUGAGCGUAAGAGAUUUUCUACGCCACAUCCAAGAAGAGUGGAAUCGGAAAAGGGAAUGAAGCCUAAGUUAUCUCAUAAAAACUCCUUUGAAAAGAGAUCAUUUAAUUUGCGGUCUCCAUCCGGUCCUAUCAGAGAUCUUGGCACUCUGAGAAUUCAAGAGAGGGUGAAGAGCAAGAAGGACACAGGAUGGUCUAAGCUUUUUGAUAAUACUGGUCGUAGAGUGAGUGCUGUAGAAGCUUCUGAAGAGUUCCGUGUUGAUAUGUCAAAGUUGUUCUUUGGGCUUAAGUUUGCUCAUGGGUUAUACAGCCGGCUAUACCAUGGUAAGUAUGAAGAUAAAGCUGUUGCCGUGAAGCUUAUCACUGUACCUGAUGAUGACGAUAAUGGAUGCUUGGGAGCUCGUUUAGAGAAACAGUUUACCAAGGAAGUCACCCUUUUGUCUCGAUUGACUCAUCCGAAUGUUAUAAAGUUUGUGGGAGCGUAUAAAGAUCCGCCUGUAUAUUGUGUCCUCACGCAGUAUUUACCUGAAGGAUCUUUAAGAUCUUUUCUGCACAAGCCUGAGAAUAGGUCUCUUCCUUUGAAAAAGCUUAUAGAGUUUGCUCUAGAUAUUGCAAGAGGAAUGGAAUAUAUUCACUCACGACACAUAAUUCAUCGGGAUCUUAAGCCAGAAAAUGUAUUGAUCGACGAAGACUUCCAUUUGAAGAUUGCUGACUUUGGCAUAGCGUGCGAGGAGGAGUACUGUGACAUGUUGGCUGAUGACCCUGGAACAUAUAGGUGGAUGGCACCUGAAAUGAUAAACGGAAACCACACGGGGGCAGCAGCAGCAGCGGCCUUGGUGGCUCAGCCUUGCCUAAGCCUAAAUUCGCUUGAGAGACAUGAAGAGUCUAUUUUGUAA